GUCAACGGAGAAGAUGAAUUGCAGUGGAAUAGAAGGAUUCGGAGGAGUCGACGGAGAUGAGAGGCGAUGGAGAAGGAAUCGGAGAUAGAGAUGGAGAUGAUUGCAGAAGAGGCAAAAGGAAGGGGCUGGAAUUAAGAGAACGACGCCGUUUUAGGUUGGGACUCCAAAUUCUUUUUGGAAGGCAGGACUGAUGGCCACUUUACCGUAAAAAUAAAGGACCCUAUUUAAUCUUCUUUUUCAAAAUGUCGGCUGCUCCCUUCCUGUGCAAGAGUCCAAGCAUGGAGAGGUGGACCGUGGUGGAGCUGCAAAGAAACUCAACGAAUUGGGCUACGUUAGUGGAAGAAAUUGUAAAGUUGGAGAAAAAAAUAUUCCCAAAACACGAAUCCCUUGCUAGAUACUUUGACGAAGAAUUGAAAAAGAGGAACUCUGGAUUGCUUUAUGUCGAUCUUGAUGGAGAAGUCACCGGCUACGUCAUUUAUUCCUGGCCCUCGUCACUUUCUGCAUCUAUCACAAAAAUUGCAGUGAAGGAAAGUCAUAGAAGGCAAGGCCAUGGGGAGACACUACUGAAAGCAGCUAUUGAGAAGUGCAGAAGCAGACCCAUCCAACGAAUUUCACUUCAUGUUGAUCCCCUGAGGUCACCUGCUAUGGGUCUCUACAAGAAGCUGGGAUUUCAAGUUGACAGCUUGAUCAAAAGUUAUUACUCUUCUGAUCGAGAUGCCUAUAGGAUGUAUUUAGACUUUGAUGAAAAUUAGUUGGAUUUUGAUUUGUUAUGCCUAUAGGAACUCAACUUAACCAAGGUAGGCUGUUAGAUUGAUUCAAGUGAAGAUAUCUGUGUGGCUGAAAAAUAAAUCUGUGGCCUGCAUUUUCUCCGUUCAUGAUAGGAAUACUUUACCAUGGCUUCGUGCAAGUUUUGAUGCUGAAUAUAGGAAAGAGUUGAAGUUUGCCAGCAAAAAACAGCAACUACCUGGCCAAGCAAUAAUGAGUACAGCAGGGAGAGAGUUACGAUUGUUUUAUGUUAUGUGAGUUAUUGAGUAUCCUAAUUUGCUCGUGAGAAUGUAACAUCUUUAAUGCUUGUACUCGUAUUAAUUUAUUUUUGCAAUGGGUUGAUUAAAAAAAAAUGGUUGGAUUU